AUCGGUUGUCGCACACGUCUUCACGGAGGGGACUGGCGCAGAACCUUGUCAUUCUGACCCGGGGAGCCCUGCCUGAGAGCCUCUGGCAGAAAUGUCUAAUGCAAAAGAAAGAAAACAUGCUAAGAAAAUGAGAAACCAGCCCACCAACGUGACUUUGUCCUCUGGCUUCAUGGCUGAUAGAGGCACAAAGCACUAUAAUGGAGGUGGGAAAUCUUUCCAAGCUCAAAAACAAGAGCUUCUUUCUGGAACUCCACGACAGCGGCAUACCAAAAUGAUCCACCAUUCCCCAGCGGAUCCUGAUGUGAAUGAACAGUCUUCCUCCAAAAUGAUGUUUAAAAAAAAGGGAGGAUGGAAAGCAGGCCCUGAGGGGACUUCUCAGGAGAUUCCCAAGUAUAUAACGGCUUCUACUUUCGCUCAAGCCCGAGCUGCUGAAAUCAGUGCUAUGUUGAAAGCAGUGACCCAGAAGUCUUCUAAUUCACUGGUUUUCCAGACGCUGCCCCGGCACAUGAGGCGGAGAGCCAUGAGCCACAAUGUCAAACGCCUUCCCAGGCGGUUGCAGGAGAUCGCCCAGAAAGAGGCGGAGAAAGCAGUGCAUCAGAAAAAAGAACAUUCAAAAAACAAGUGCCAUAAGGCUCGAAGAUGUCACAAAAACCGCGUGCUAGAAUUUAACCGUAGACAGAAGAAGAACAUCUGGCUAGAGACUCACAUCUGGCACGCCAAGCGGUUCCACAUGGUCAAGAAGUGGGGCUACUGUCUCGGGGAGAGGCCCACCGUCAAGAGCCACAGAGCCUGCUACCGGGCCAUGACUCACCGCUGUCUCCUGCAGGAUUUAUCCUACUACUGUUGUUUGGAGCUGAAGGGCAAAGAGGAAGAAAUACUGAAGGCACUUUCUCCAAUGUGUAGCAUUGAUGCAGGACUGACUUUUGCAGCAGUUCACUGCUUGUCUGGAAAACGCCAAGGUAGCGUCACGCUUUACCGGGCAAAUAAAUACCCUCGAGAAGUGCUGGGGCCUGUUACGUUCAUUUGGAGGCCUGAGUGGACCCCCGGGCACACUUCGGAGAGCAGGCAGUUAUGGAUUUGGCUUCACCCAACUCUGAAACAGGAUAUUUUAGAGGAAAUAAAAGCAGCGUGCCAGUGUAUGGAGCCCAUCAAAUCAACUAUCUGCACCCCUGAGCCCCUGCUGACUGCAUCCCAAGAAAAAAGCCAGACGGAACUGCCUGAUGAGAAAAUUGGCAAGAAAAGGAAACGGAAAGAUGAUGGAAAAAGUGCUAACCCAGUUAAAAAAGUCAUCGGUGACGGAACUAGAGAUGCGUGUCAGCCAUAUUCUUGGAUCUCUCCAGCCACGGGCAUUACCAUCAGUGACUUGACGAUGGAGAUGAACAGGCUGCGGCUGAUCGGCCCGCUUUCCCACGCGAUCCUGACCGACGCCCUCCAAGCUGCUGCUGUCCACACCGAGGGAGAGGACACAGAGAAGACACCUCACCGUUGGUGGACUGAAACCUGUAAGAAUCCUGAUAGCGUUUCCCUUCAUCACAGACAAGAAGCCAUUUUUGAGUUGUUGGGAGGAAUAGCAUCACCAGCAGAAAUUCCAGCCGGUACUAUUUUGGGACUGACAGUUGGGGAUCCUCGAAUAAAUUUGCCUCAAAAGAGGUCCAAAGUUUUGCCCAAUCCAGAAAAAUGCCAAGAUAAUGAGAAAGUUAGACAGCUGCUUCUGGAGGGUGUGCCUGCGGACUGUGCGCAUAGCUUUCUUUGGAACCAAGCUCUCUGUAAGAAUGUCACAGAGAAUAAAAUCUCGGAUCAGGAUUUAAACCGGAAGAGAAGUGAAUUGCUGGUGCCCGGGUCACAGCUUGUUUUAGGGCCCCAUGAAUCCAAGAUCCCUAUACUUUUGAUCCAGCAGCCGGGAAGGGUGACUGGUGAUGACCGCCGAGGCUGGGGAAGUGGCUGGGAUGUCCUGCUCCCGAAGGGCUGGGGCAUGGCUUUCUGGAUUCCGUUUAUCUAUCGCGGCGCAAGAGUUGGUGGGUUAAAGGAGGCUGGGGUGCAUGCUCAGUAUAAAAGAUCGCCUGGCAUCCCCGGUGAUUUCCCAGACUGCCCCGCUGGGGCUCUUUUUGCCGAAGAGCAAGCCAAGAAUCUCCUUGAAAAGUAUGAGAGGCGCCCUCCUGCAAAACGGCCCAACUACGUUAAGCUUGGCACUCUGGCACCUUUCUGCUAUCCGUGGGAGCAGUUAACGCAAGAGUGGGAAUCAAGAGUCCAGGACCAAGAGGAAUCAUCUGUGGCUUCCCCUCCAAGUGGCGAGGAGAGGGGCUUGAGAAGAGAGAAGGAGCCUUGUGCCCCCACACCUCCGAAAACUGAUCAGCCAUCUGAGGAAGCGGGCACAUCUCUGCGGAGCCCCUGUGAGCCCGGAGAAGUUAUGGACACAGCAUGUCCAGCCCAGACGGGGACUGAGUGGGUAAGGGGCCUGGAUGCCACCAGCAGUCUCCUCUGUGUUCUUAGGAGUAGGAAAUCCCUGAAGCAGCUGUCAGCCUGGUGUGGGCCCGGUGCUGGACCCCGCCGGGCAGCCCAGCGAGCUCCCGGCAGCAGGCAGCAGGCGUUGACCAGGGAGGCCUGCCUGGCCAUGUUGGACCGCUUCCCCAGGGCCCUGGUGUGGGUCAGCCUGUCCCUGCUGGGGAAGGGCAGCCCCGAGCCGCACACCAUGAUCUGUGUCCCAGCCAGGGAGGACCUCCUCCGGCUCAGGCAGGAUCGGCUCUACUGCGGGCCCCAGGAAUCCAAGCACAGCGACCCAUUCAAGAGCAAGAUCCGGAAACAGAGAGAGCAGAAGAAAAUCGACAAGAGGCACAACCGAGGGUGCACGGUGUCUGAGGGUCUGGCAGGGGGGCACCCUGCGGCCGGGCCCCACGCUCUGACCCUGGGCUUGUGGUCAGGCCCUCUCCCGGGUGUGACUUCUCAUUGCUCCAGAGUCCUCCUCGGCUUUGUCACGCAGGGAGAUUUCUCCAUGGCCGUGGGCUGCGGAGAAGCCCUGGGGUUUGUUAGCCUGACGGGCCUGCUGGAUAUGCUGUCCGGCCAGCCCGCCGCGGAGAGGGGCCUGGUGUUACUGAGGGCCCCUGCCUCCUUGCAGUAUCGGUUUGCGAGCAUUGCUGUGGAGGUGUGAGUGCUGGUUUACGGCCUCGCAGGCGUAGGUAAUAACUGUGUUCGCCGAGUCCCACCACUGGCGGGACUCGGUCUCUUCCGCCACCUCCUGUUUUGACAUACCACGUGAAAUGCCUUGGAGACAAGAAUAAAAGAAUUCUGUAUUGUGUG